GCACCAAACUUUCCCUGGGCCCCCCUCUGGGCGCACUCGAAAUGCUGUUACUUUCAUUCUAUACAUCAAGUUGACUAUAAUAAACGCGCCUUCUAGGUACCAGACUUGUCAACCGUUCUUGCUGACCACGGCAAACCAGCGCUGCCCAAAUCUACAAUAGUUGCUUGUGCAUUGAUCUGAACAGCUUGACAUUACUUUGAGAGGUAUUGGCAGCUUGACGUAGACCACAGUCGCUGAGCCUGCUUCUUGGGUCGUUCUACAGCUAUUACAGUGCCUACACAACGUAGCCUUCAGGCUACAAGGCCUUGGGUCGCUCGGGCCUGCCAGCGCUGAAAGCCAUCACAGGCCGCUUUACGCAACCUUAGGAAGAAGCGCUCUCCCAAGCGCAAGAUGGCCGCGCGAGUGGUGGCGCAGGUGCUGGUGGCGGGAGCCACAGUGGUGUUCCGAGCCGCCACACAGGCCUGGGCGCAGGCGCUAGUCAACGCUCAGAAGUCGGGUGUGGCGAGUGAGGCGGCGCAGGCGGCGCAGCAGGCAGCGCAGACGGCUGGCUCCGCGGUCAAGAAGGCCGGGACCAUGGCCGUGCAGGAGGCCCAGCUCAUUCUGGGGGUGGAGUCGGGGGCCAGCUGGGGAGACGUGGUCAAGCGCUUCAAGCACAUGUUUGAGGUGAAUGAGAAGCACGGCAGCUUCUACCUGCAGAGCAAGGUGUACCGCGCCAAGGAGACCAUUGAGGAGGAGUACAAGCGGCUGGGGCUGUACGAGCAGAUGGAGGGCGAGCAGUUGGGUCAGCAGCCGGGCCAGCAGCAGCAGGCGGAGCAGCAGGAGCAGCAGCAGGCGCCCAAGGACGGGAAACAAUGACGAGGCGUGGCGUGAGGUGACAAGCAGGGGCGAUGGAUGUUGGGGAGUGGGGUUAGACAUCAAGGGGGUCUUGGCACGCGUGCGGGAAGAUCAGUGGGUAGCGAGGACAGCGGUUUUCACCUGGACGACUGCCGUCAUCCAUGGCAUGGGUUGAGAGUGUUAAGAACAUGCAUUGGAGACUAUCUCUUGUCUUGGAGGAAGUAAAUGGUAGUUAAUCACAGGUGACAAGAGUCGAUGAACGGGCAUGUUGAGUGCGGCAAGCCGCAAGCGGCGACGCAGGAUGUGGACAGGGAUGUGGGUUGGUACAUUGGCACAGGCUAGGACAGGAGGAAUGACAAAGUCUGGCGAGAGGAUGGAUGCCAAUGCUGCAAUUGAGUGGAGCUGUAGCAUGUAAUGGUGGUCACAGGACUUCGGAGGUGCCGGAGGUUGCCCAGACAGGGGGGUGAACCGGCACUCUGCAGGGGUUGUCGAUGACACGCAAUCCCGCCUGUUCCACGGCGCUUCACCUCGCGGUGCGUGGCGGCCGUUAGGUUUUGCGGCUUGCAUGUCGGGUGACAAUA